AAUCGAAAUUGCGUUUCGCGAGAUUGUGGACUAAAUAUCGAAAAAAAUGUAAAUUAUCCGGAAUUUUGGUUUAGAAAUUUAUUUAAUAUCUGUUAAACAUGUCAAGUGAGUCCAAGUUAUACUUUGAUAUAAGAGAGGACCAGUGGCCUCUGGUUUACGACGAUAAUUAUAAUGUGUCGUUUUUGGGCUUAGAAAGGUUUCACGUAUUCGAUGCAAAGAAAUGGCGCAACAUAAUCCAGUACUUGAAAGAAGCUGAAUUAAUAACAGAUGAACACUUAGUGAGACCACUUGAAGCUCAAAAGAGCGAUUUACAAAUAGUCCACACUCGAAAAUAUCUGAAAUCACUCAAAUGGAGUCCAAAAGUAGCUGUGAUAGCAGAAGUUCCAGUGAUUGCAUUAGUUCCAAAUAUACUGGUGCAGUAUGCAUACUUGAAGCCUAUGAGGCUACAAACAGGUGGUUCAGUGUUAGCUGGUAAAUUGGCAUUGGAGCGAGGCUGGGCUAUCAACGUAGGCGGUGGCUUCCACCAUUGCAGUGGUGACAGGGGUGGAGGAUUCUGUCCAUAUGCAGACAUCACCCUGCUUAUCCAGUUCCUAGUGCUGCAUGAUUUGAUACAGAAUGCUAUGAUUGUGGACUUGGAUGCUCAUCAGGGAAAUGGCUAUGAACGCGACUUCCUAGGCGUACCAGAAGUGUACAUAAUGGACAUGUACAACAAGCACAUAUAUCCGAACGACAAAGAGGCCAAACGAGCAAUUAGGAGGAAGGUGGAGCUUGGUAACAAAGUCGAAGAUAUGGAGUACAUGCUCAAGUUAAGACAGAACUUAAAACAAGCUUUGAAGGAGUUUAAGCCGGAUAUUUUGAUAUACAACGCCGGGACUGACAUAUUGGAUUCGGAUCCAUUGGGACACAUGCGAAUUAGCGAAUUUGGUAUAGUAAAAAGAGACGAAUUUGUUUUCGAAAUGUGCAAGGCGAGAAGCAUUCCUAUAGUAAUGUUGACAAGUGGAGGAUACUUGAGAAAAACUGCGAAAAUCAUAGCCGACUCCAUCAUGAACUUACAUCGUAAAGGACUUAUUCAGGGAUAGGAAGGGAAAGGUGUCACGUGAUCAACAACCAAUCAGGAUCGAGAAUUAUGACGCGAUAUUAAAUAUCUAAAUUUUGUCAUCGUUGUUCCUCGCUCCCUGUAAGGUAAUUAUAAUAAUUAUGAAUUUUAUUAUAACUUUGUUAUUAAUGUUCUAUUAAUUCAAAUAUUUAAAAUAUUUGGUGGUAGGGAAAGUAUGAUGCAAAAAUUUUGUAAGUACCUACUCAUAAAAGUAUUGUAUUUUGCUCUAUGCUUUGUGACUUUCAACCUAGUUUACAACGCAAUAAGAGUGAAAAUAGUCAGCAAAACAUUUCCAGAAUAGGAGAUAAUAAUAUUAAUCGACAUUUCUCGUUACCUUACUUGUAUAAAACAAUGAGUUUUGAUAUUACUACAUUACUGCACAUCGAGCCAAAAGUGCUAGAAUGCUUAAAUGAAUUUUCAACUUUAUUGUAAAACGCUAAGGUUGACAUUCUAUUGAAUAAAUGUAGCGUAACUUUUACGCAAAGAUUCUUUUGAUCAAGAGAUUAUAAACUAGACUAGCGUCACGGAAUCUCUCUCUCUUAAUCCAGUAUUUUGUGAUUAAUAGCAAUAGAAGAUUCUAGAAUUAAAUUUUACGAGUGAUAUUACAAAGACACAUCUUAAAGUUGAUCUCUUUGUGCCAAUUAAAUUAUGAUUUAUUUAUUAAGCAAAUUAAAUUUGCGAUAUUUAGUACUCUUAGUACAUAUUUUUAGUUUUGU